UGGAGUCAUCUGGAUGUAUGUUAUCACUCUACGAGAGACUGUCAGCUAGAGGGCUGCGUAGCGUUGGGAAACUGGCUUUGGAAGUACCAGAAGUUCAUUAACCGUGGAUUUUACGCAGCGGAGACGCACGGCACUGCCGGACUGCGAUGGCAAGAUGAUGCAUUUACCGACUCUGUGCCACUUUUGAUUGAGAGAGAGAGCGAGAGACAGAGAGUGAGGCAGACGGUUUGGUGUCAGGUUGCCACAUCCGGCCGUGUCUCCUCUCCAAACCGUGCGCUCUGGGUUGCCGUGCGUUGUUCUUUGGGACGAGAAAUGGGAUGCAGAGGCGCGCUGGGAUGCUGCAUGCUCGCGGCGCUGUCUUGUUGCCUCCUCCCGGGCUGCAGAGGUAACAUAACCGUGGCCGUGAUGCUCCCGGACAACCACCAGAAGUACGCAUGGGCUCUUCCGCGCGUCUUCCCGGCCAUCCUCAUGGCGCACGAGGACCUGCACAGCAAAUACAAACUGCUCCUGGGCCGCUCCAUCAACAUCCUCAACUACAGCACGGAAGACCCCGCCGCAGGGUCGUGCGCCGAGAGUCGAGCGCAAGUGGUGGCUGUGGACGCCAAGCUUUACAUCCGCCCGGACGCCUUCUUCGGACCCGGGUGCGUGUACCCGCUUGCCUCCGUUGGGCGUUUCGCAUCCCACUGGAAAAUUCCGCUGAUCACCGCCGGUGGACCCGCGUAUGGUUUCGACAAGCGGGACGAGUACAGGACCAUUGUGCGCAGCGGGCCGUCCACCACAAAGCUGGGGGACUUUGCCAUCGUCCUGCACACGCACUUUAACUGGACGUCCCGGGCCGUGGUGAUAUUUUACGACCUGCGACGGGACGACCGGCCGCACUACUUCCUCUCUGAAGGGAUUUACACGAACCUGAAGGAGCAGAUGAACAUCACGGUGGGGGCCCACCCGUACGAGGAAGACAACAAGUACCACAAGGAUGUCAUUACUUUUACCAAGGAGAGCGGGAGAAUCGUGUACAUCUGCGGGCCCUUGGAGACAUUUCUGACCAUCAUGGAGCAGUUUCACAAUGACAUCCAGGACCCGGAAAACUACGCUAUCUUCUAUCUGGAUGUUUUUGCUGAGAGCCUGAGGGACCGCAAACCGUGGCAGAGAGCUGACUGGGCUGAUCCCAUCAAGGUCUUUAAGUCUGUUUUUGUCAUAACGUACCGGCCACCUGAUAAUCCCGAAUACAAAGACUUCCAGAGGAAACUCCAUGCCAGAGCUCAGAGGGAUUUUGGUGUUCAUUUGGAGCCGUCAUUGAUGGACUACAUCGCUGGCAGCUUCUAUGAUGGCUUUCUACUAUAUGCAAUGGCCUUACAGGAGACGCUAGCAGAGGGUGGAGCCCAGAAUGACGGCAUUAACAUCACAAUGAGGACACAGAACCGCCAGUUCUGGGGUGUGACAGGACUUGUUUCCACAGAUGAAAAAAAUGACAGAAAUAUAGACGUUGACCUGUGGGCGAUGACCAACCAGGAGACAGGAGAGUACGGGAUUGUUGCGUACUAUAAUGGAACAACCAAAGAGAUCAUUUGGUCCCAGACAGAGAAGAUCCACUGGCCCAGUGGUGGCCCACCAUUAGACAACCCCCCCUGUGUUUUUUCCACUGAUGACCCCUCCUGCAAUGAUGGACACCUGCCAGUUCUCGGUAUUGUAGCUGUGGGUUCUGGUUUAGCACUCAUCAUUUUUGGGAUCUCCAGUUUCCUCAUUUACAGGAAACUGAAGCUGGAGAAGGAGCUGGCGGGAAUGCUGUGGAGGAUUCGGUGGGAGGACCUUCAGUUUGAGAGCCCAAAUAAAUACCACAAACGUGCUGGGAGUCGGCUCACCCUCUCACAGAGAGGCUCCAGCUACGGCUCCUUGAUAACUGCCCAUGGAAAAUAUCAGCUAUUUGCAAAAACGGGCUAUUUUAAGGGGAACCUGGUGGCCAUCAAGCACGUCAACAAGAAGAGGAUAGAGCUGACAAGACAAGUUUUAAUGGAGCUCAAACAUAUGAGAGACGUUCAGUUCAACCAUCUGACCCGGUUCAUUGGGGCCUGCAUCGACCCUCCCAACAUCUGCAUUGUAACGGAGUACUGUCCCCGAGGCAGCCUGCAGGACAUUUUAGAGAAUGAGAGCAUCAACCUGGACUGGAUGUUCCGCUACUCGCUGAUCAAUGACAUUGUGAAGGGUAUGAACUAUCUGCACAACAGCUAUUUUGGCUGUCAUGGAAAUCUGAAGUCAUCUAAUUGUGUGGUGGACAGUCGAUUUGUUUUGAAAAUAACGGAUUACGGCUUGGCCAGCUUCCGCUCGUCCAGCGAAAAUGAUGACUCGCACUCACUCUAUGCAAAGAAGCUUUGGACUGCUCCUGAGCUGCUCAUAUACGACCACCAUCCUCCUCAGGGGACUCAGAAGGGUGAUGUGUACAGUUUUGGCAUCAUACUGCAGGAAAUAGCUCUGAGGAAUGGACCUUUCUAUGUGGAGGGCAUGGACCUCAGCCCCAAAGAGAUCAUACAGAAGGUCAGGAACGGUCAGAAGCCGUACUUUCGGCCGACUACAGACACCAGAUACCAUUCAGAGGAGCUGACCAUCCUGAUGGAGGGCUGCUGGGCCGAGGACCCCGCAGAGAGGCCUGACUUCAGCCACAUCAAGAUCUACAUGGCGAAACUCAACAAGGAGGGCAGCACCAGUAUUCUGAACAACCUGCUGUCCAGAAUGGAGCAGUACGCCAACAACUUGGAGAACCUGGUGGAGGAGCGAACACAGGCCUACCUGGAGGAGAAACGGAAAGCCGAAAACCUCCUCUAUCAAAUUUUACCACACUCGGUAGCAGAACAGCUAAAAAGAGGGGAGACGGUGCAGGCAGAGGCAUUUGACAGCGUCACAAUUUACUUCAGCGACAUCGUGGGCUUCACGUCCAUGUCUGCAGAGAGCACGCCGCUACAGGUUGUCACGCUGCUCAAUGAUCUAUACACGUGUUUUGAUGCAAUCAUCGACAACUUUGAUGUAUACAAGGUGGAGACCAUCGGCGACGCCUACAUGGUGGUGUCCGGGCUGCCGGUGCGGAACGGCAAGCUCCACGCCAGAGAGAUCGCCGGGAUGUCGCUGGCUCUGUUAGAGCAGGUCAAAACAUUCAAGAUCCGACACAGACCCAACGACCAGCUGAGACUCAGGAUAGGUAUACACACAGGUCCAGUGUGCGCCGGCGUGGUGGGCCUGAAAAUGCCCAGAUACUGUUUGUUUGGAGAUACUGUCAACACAGCAUCCCGAAUGGAGUCGAACGGAGAGGCCUUAAAGAUCCACGUGUCCUCGGCCACCAAAGAAGUGCUGGAUGAAUUUGGUUACUUUGAUCUCCAGUUACGAGGAGAUGUAGAAAUGAAGGGCAAAGGCAAAAUGAGAACGUACUGGCUUCUUGGGGAGAAGACUGAUGUGUAUGUUAUCUGAGAGGCCUGCUGAUAAUGUGAGAGCAGCAGCAGCGGUGGAGACGCCAGCAGAAGCUCCAGUGGCCGAGCCAUUUCUUUUAUUUGUUCUAGAAUAAGUCCUUAAUGGUGAUUUCCCUGCAGAGGAAAGGUGAACGACACCAUACAACAAAAACAAAGAGGGAAUUCCAGGUAUAUUUAUUACCUGCAUACUGAAACUGCAAAAAAAAGAGAGCGCGAGAGAAUAAAACUGUAAAAGUUGUUUUUGUAUGAAGAAUUUCUGUCCUGAGAGUGGGUACUUUUCACUGAUAAAUUCUUAUUUUUUGUGCUUUCUAUAUUAAGAUUUGUAUAAUGUGUUUGAAAGUCAAUGAUGUAUUCCUAUUUCCAUUGAAGUGUGGAGGCACGGUGCUGCAAUCGAUGCCACUGCAGGAGGUUCAGCCGUGUUACACAGUACAAGAUAAUAUGUAUAUAUGUAUAUCCAAGAUACUGUAAAAUAUUUUGUUCAAUAAACUCAGUAAAACAUU